AAAUCUUUUCUUAAAAAUUCUGCCUCAAUUCUCAUCAAUGGCGCUUGCGCCCACUGAAACCCCCUCUUUUUCUCUCUAAAUACUCCUCUAAAAAUCCCAUCUUUUCUUUUUGCACAAAAAAAACCAGAUUUUGUAUUUUCUCAAAAUAUAGCACACUGAAUUUCAUUAUAUUCUCUUAAAUCUUCAUCCUUUUUAUUUUGGGUGGUAUUUAUAUGUGUGCAAAAGAAUGAGUGGAAGAAGACAUGCGAUGAGCUGGAGAAAAGUGGCGCAGUCUUUGCAAGGAUUAGCAGCGCAUGGUUCACUUUUCACUUUCACCCUCUUGCUUGUUCUCAAGCUUGAUCACAUCGCCUCCUUCUCUUGGUGGGUUGUCUUUUUGCCGAUAUGGUUGUUUCAUGCUGUUGUUGCUCGUGGAAGAUUCUCAUUACCUGCCCCUUCUGUUCCACAUGAUCGUCAUUGGGCACCUUGUCAUGCUGUUGUUGCCACACCAUUGAUCAUUGCCUUUGAAUUGCUGUUAUGUAUAUAUCUUGAGAGUCUUUCUGUUUAUGGUUUUGCCGCUGUGAGCCUGAAGAUUGUUUUCUUUCCUCUGUUGGCUUUUGAAACAGCUAUACUGAUUGACAAUUUCAGAAUGUGCAGGGCUUUAAUGCCAGGAGAUGAAGAAAGUUUAAGUGAUGAAGCAAUAUGGGAGACACUUCCACAUUUCUGGGUUGCUAUCUCCAUGGUUUUCUUCCUUGCUGCUACGCUGUUCACCGUCUUAAAACUCUCUGGUGUCAUAGGUGCACUUGGAUGGUGGGACCUGUUUAUCAAUUUUGGUAUCGCAGAGUGCUUUGCCUUUCUUGUUUGUACGAAAUGGUCCAAUCCUAUGAUACAUAGGAGUUCAUGCACCGUGGAGAAUGCUGCAUCUUCGAGCACUAUUAGCUAUCUUGACUGGACUAGUGGGCUAGUUGUUUUCCCUGAAGAGGAUCAAAACCAGGAGACCCUGUGUGCUUUGCCAGACAUUGGUGGUCAUUUUAUGAAAGUACCAAUUAUUGCUUUCCAAAUCCUCCUUUGCAUGCGCUUAGAGGGAACUCCUUCUGGUGCUAAAGAUAUGUCUAUUCCGGUUCUUUUCUCUCCGUUAUUUCUUCUGCAAGGUGUUGGAGUUUUAUUUGCCAUAUCACGUUUGGUGGAGAAAUUCUUUCUGUUGCUGCGUAGUGAUGCUGGACAAUGGCGUUAUUUUACCAUUUCUGCAAAACUGUGUGACUGUCUUGCAUUUAUGCACCAUGGUUCAAGACUACUUGGCUGGUGGUCGAUUGAUGAGGGAAGUCGGGAGGAACAAGCACGGCUUUUGCAUGAAGGGGCAUCUGGGUACAACACCUUCUGCAGUUAUCCACCUGAGAUUGUGAAAAAAAUGCCAAAAAAAGAUCUGGCUGAGGAGGUUUGGAGACUGCAGGCAGCUCUUGGCGAGCAGACAGAAAUAACCAAAUAUAGCAAACAGGAGUAUGAAAGACUACAAAAUGAAAAAGUUCUUUGUCGAGUCUGCUUUGAGAGAGAAAUUAGCAUUGUGCUGCUCCCUUGUAGACAUCGGAUCCUGUGCAGUGUCUGCAGUGACAAGUGCAAAAAAUGUCCAGUUUGCCGGGUCUCUGUUGACAAGAGAUUAGCUGUAUAUGAUGUAUAGUUGCAGCAUACUAUCGAUAUUUUAUCUAUAAGAGCAUUAACUUGAUAUAGGCAAGGAAGCAGAUAGUCUAGUGAUUGCGCGGUUUUCACCAAGUGUCGUUUUUUGCCCCCCAAUACUGGUGGCUGUUGCUCUUUGUUUUGAUUGAACAGGUAGGAUAAAAGUAGAUCAGUCUGUUUAAUUUUCAUGUUCAUCUUUCUGUGAUGUAAAUAUUAUUGUAGCGAGGAUCACAUCUUCACUGAUCUUAAUCUCUCUUAAGGUUAAUGUUUAUAACCUAGUUUGCUCUCACAUUAUGUAUUCUUAAAUCCUUCUCUCCAUUACUAUAUAUCUUAUGAUUAGUGUCAAAAGAUAUCUUUCAAUCA